GCAUCAAGCCACGGAGCUCAAAUUGUCGUACUCCCGGAAUGCUUCAACUCGCCCUACUCCACGACAUCCUUCCCAGAAUACGCCGAAGUUUUGCAACCAGCCCCGCCACCGGAAUCCUCAUCCCCAAGCUUUCAUGCUUUGAGUAGUAUGGCAAAAGCUUCUGGCGUCUAUCUUGUCGGCGGCAGUAUACCAGAGUUGGACCCGGAUACGCGCAGGAUCUUCAACACCAGCCUCGUCUUCUCGCCUCACGGAUGGCUCAUCGGAAAGCAUCGCAAAGCCCACUUGUUUGACGUCGAUAUUCCAGGCCAGAUGACAUUUCGCGAGUCAGACACUCUUUCUCCAGGCAACUCCAUUACUUUAUUAGACCUCCCUAAAUACGGCACGAUUGGGCUCGGAAUCUGCUACGACAUCAGGUUCGCCGAGUUCGCCACAAUCGCAUCCCGCAAUGGUGCCUUUGCCUUGAUUUUCCCCUCGGCGUUCAACAGUACCACGGGUCCUCUACACUGGGAAUGUCUUGCACGUGCCAGGGCCCUUGACAACCAGCUGUAUGUGGCUAUGUGCUCGCAGUCGUACGAGCCGGGGUCUGGGUAUCCAGCGUGGGGCCACAGCAUGGUAGUCGAUCCCGAUGGGCAGAUCAUCGCGACUGCAGAGAGAGGACCGGCGAUUGUAUAUGCGGAUCUAAGCGACGAAUCUAUCGGUCAGGCGAGGAGGCAGAUCCCUAUUGGAUCCCAGCGGAGAUGGGAUCUCUACCCCGACAUCGCCAAGCUGACAUAA